AGUCAUUUGGAGCUAGCUAGCAUAUAUACAUGGGGAUUUUGGGGGCAGAAGAGACCAUGGGGAUGGAGUUGGAGGAACUCCACCGCAUGUUGGCGGCGCGUGCGGGCCCAGAAAGUAGGAAAGACGGGGACGAGUUCAAAGAUGUUCGUGUUUCAUCGGAGGCCACCAUGGACGCCGAUGAUGUCGAGAAGUUGGUCGUGUGUGUCACAAGUGGCGUGUCUUAUUUAGGCCUCGCCAUAGUGAAGGAGCUCCUGGUUCGUCGCUACUCCGUUCGGAUCAUCGCUGAAAACCAAGAGGAUAUAGAUAGAUUGAGGGAGAUGGAAACGUCAGGAGAGAUGAGGUCAACCGACGACAAUAUUUCAGUAGUUAUGGCGAAGCUUAGUGAGAUUGAAAGCUUAUCAGAAGCCUUUCAGGGUUGCCUCGGCGUAUUUCACACUUGUGCAUUCAUCGACCCCUCUGGCGUUUCUGGGUAUACGAAAUACAUGGCUGAGAUAGAAAUGAAGGUCAGUGAGAAUGUGAUGAAAGCAUGUGCAAGAACUCCAUCAGUAACAAAAUGUGUGCUCACAUCUUCACUUUUAGCUUGCAUUUGGAGGGACAACACCCAAUAUGAUCUCUCCUCUGUAGUUAACCAUGACUCAUGGAGUGAUGAAUCACUCUGCACGAACAAAAAGCUCUGGUAUUCCUUGGGCAAGCUGAGGGCUGAGAAGGUUGCAUGGAGAGUAGCAGAGGAGAGCGGGUUAAAACUGGCCACCAUAUGCGCAGCUCUCACUACCGGACCUGAAUUUUACCGGAGAAAUCCAACGCCGACAAUUGCUUAUCUUAAAGGAGCGCAAGAGAUGUAUGCAAAUGGGUUACUAGCAACCGUUGAUGUAAACAGAUUGGCUGGGGCACAUGUACGUGUUUUCGAGGCAAUGGACAAGAAUGCACGAAGGAGAUAUCUUUGCUUUGACAACUUUGUUGGAAGGGACGAAGCAGAAAAGCUAGCACGUGAACUAGAAAUGCCAAUAAACAGGAUUUGUGGGGAUGUUUCCGGCGACAUUCCGGCUCGGUUUCAGCUGUCUAAUGAGAAGCUUUCUGGUCUCAUGUCAACAACAUUCCGAUCUUGUUACGGUGAACGCUAGAGACCGAAUUAGGCCUUCAUGUGAUCACCCUCUAAAGGGAGAGAAAAUAAGAGCUCAAACAUAUUCCACACCUUUAUUUUAUUUUCACUUUGUGAACUACCUACUUAUGAAGGACAAAUUUGAAACCCGUGGAAUAAGGCACCUAAAUCCAACAAGUCUAAC